AACUCUCAUUGGAUAAUUUAAUCCCUUCCAAUUAUACAAACUGGAAAAAACGCCAAAAUAGAAAGAGAGAUGUAUGAAAGCGUUCUGAGUCUCUCUCCUCAGCAACAGUCAUUACAAAACCCCAAAAAAAUGGCGGAUACCAAAGUUGAAACCAUUUCAAGACUUGCCCAGUGGAAAAUCGACAAUUUUGGCCCUUGUUCUUACAAAAAAUCCGACUCUUUUAAACUGGGUCUUUGGAAUUGGCAUUUAGCAAUUGAAAAGAAUCGAUAUUUGUAUGUAAGAUUAUUUCCAGAGCCUUCUCGGGUGUCGAAGGAUCAGCCGCCACUUGCUCGUUUUAUUCUUAGAGUUUCUAAUCUUGGUGUUAGUCGCAGACCCUAUAUUUCUCCCAUUCACGAGAGACUUCUUCGUAACAGUGAUGAUUUUGUGUGGCCUGUGGACAUAACAUUUUUUGGUCGCUUUGUCAUUGAUGUUGAAUUUCUGGACUUGAAGAUCUGCGCACCAAUUGGUGGUGAAGCGGUUUCAAUUUGGCCAACGCAGGGAAACAUGCAAUCUUUAUCUUCCCAAAGUGCCCUUCAAACAAUCUCUCGCAUGCUCUACGAAGGAAUCCACACCGACGUUACCAUCAAAACUGCUGACGGAACCCUAAAAGCUCACAAAGCAAUCCUCUCAGCAAGUUCUACCGUGUUUCAGAGUAUGUUCCUACACGACCUAAAAGAAAAAGAAUCCUCCACCAUUGAGAUAAACGACAUGUCAUUGGAAUCAUGCAUGGCUCUUCUAAGUUACGUGUAUGGAACCAUAAAACCCGAGGAUUUCUGGAAACACAGGCUCAGUCUUUUAGCAGCCGCGAAUAAAUAUGACAUAACGAGUCUUAAAGAUGCGUGUGAAGAAAGCCUCUUAGAGGACAUUAACUCGGGGAAUGUUCUAGAAAGAUUGCAGGAGGCCGGGCUUUACCAGCUUGAUAAACUGAAGAAAGGGUGUUUAACUUACUUGUUUGAGUUUGGAAAGAUUUAUGAUAUUAAGGAUGAAUUAAACGGCUUUUUUCAAACUGCUGAUAGGGAAUUAUUAACAGAGAUGUUUCAGGAGGUUCUUUCGGUAUGGAAACCAGCAUAAUGCGCAGGAUGAAUUAAGCAGCUUUUUUCAAACUGCUGUUAGGUAAUUAUGAUGUUUCAGGAGGUUCUUUACAGUAUGUAACCCAGCUUAAUACACAGCUUUUUUCAAACUGCUGAUUGGGAAUUAUGAUGUUUCAAGAGGUUCUUUCAGUAUGGAAACCAGCUUAAUACGCAGGAUGAAUUAAACAGCUUUUUUCGAACUGGUUAUAGGGAAUUACUCACAGAGAUGUUUCAGGGGGUUCUUUCUUUCAGUAUGGAAACCAGCUUAAUAUGCAGGAUGAGUUAAGCAGCUUUUUGAAACUGCUGAUAGCCCUCCUUUCAGUAUGGAAACCAGCUUAAUACGAAGGAUGGAUUAAGCAGCUUUUUUCAAACUGCUGAUAGGGAAUUAUUGACCGAGAUGUUUGAGGAGGUUCUUUCAGUAUGGAAACCAGCUUAAUACGCGUGAAAGCUUGUUAAAGGUAAACAUGUAUAUAUCAACAAGCUUCUGAUCUCUCCUAUGCUUUAACCUUAUUUUUUCGCCCCCCUGUGUUUUUCUUCCUUGGUGUGAGAUUCUGUAAUACUUGGUCAGAUUCUGCAGUUAACUGUAGUUAUUGUGUGAUAAGAUUCUGUAAUAUUUAGUCAGAUUAUGCAGUUAACUGCAGUUAUUGUGUGAUAAGCUUAAUCUUCAGACAGUUCCUUCUGAUAUUAUAGGAAUACUCAAUAUAUGAUUGUGAAGUGUUCUCUA